AUGUCUGCUAGCAAUCAAAAAGCACACGGAUCCACCGCUCGCACCGCUACUCUUCAUGUGGCCACUCGAUUGAAUAAGUUCAUUCCCCUUCCACCUCGCCCGAAAUUCCGUCUGAACAAUCUAUUGCAACGUGGAAAUGUGCUCUGCUUCAUUCGCUCCAAAUCCUCGAAUUUCCUGGCUCCCGAUAGCAUUUCCCAACUGAAAAUGAGAUAUUUGAAUGUGACAACGAAUGGAUAUUUGAUCAUUUAUGAGGAUAACAGCCGGGGAUUGGUUGUCGAUUUGCGGCAGGCGAUCAACGUGUUCUGUAAUGCCGAUCGAUUCGUUCAGAAGUCGAAAAAAGUGAAUUAUCUCCGUUGCCAUAUCAAAAUCCGUCUUGCGCGUGGAAACAUUCACCUCUUCGUCCGUGAAGAAGACGUUCAUAAAUGGACGUGUGCUAUCAUGAGGGGAUCUUCAUCGAUGAUUCAGAAGCCGCUGAAUUCAGAAGACGAUGUUCUGAUGACUGCGAUUGAGGCGGAGGAUUCUGGAGAUUUUGAGGAGAUGUCGACGACGUCUUCUUGUUAUUCGGAGGAGCCCAUGUAUGAUGAAGAUGAUGACGAGAAGGAGGAAGUCACCGAGGAAAUGGAGACAGUCAUUGAGAAAUCGAUUCGAAACCCUCCCCUCACAUCCGUCCGCUCACUUUGCGAGAAAAUGGAGAAGGAUUUGAAGCUGAAGCCGAAGGAGCAAGUGCUCGCCGAGCAACUUCAAAAGCAAAGACUCCAUAGUCAAGAAGACGUGAAAAAAGAGGAGAGCUUCACUUCUGAAGUCUACUGUAACAUUCCGAAUGAGACUAUCAUCGUCCUGAAGCCAACUGAUGAAUCUGAACGGAAAGAAGAGGAGAUGGAAGUGGAGAGAGAGGAGAAGUGGUGGACACGAUCAUUGAGAUGCUAA